ACUACCGCUCCUACAGUAAAUAUUUGUGUUUGCUCAACCGGCUGUAAUGGUGGACGACUGAGGCAGAGGAACGGAAUACAACUCGAGUGAAGAAAGAGGAAAACGGUCGAAAGUCUGCUUCAGAGCCAGCCGCCGCGAGUAGGACACGGGCUUCGUCGAAAAUGGAUGAACUCAAACAUCAAGUCAUGAUUAACCAGUUCGUCCUGACGGCGGGUUGUGCGGCAGACCAGGCGAAGCAGCUUUUGCAAGCGGCACAUUGGCAGUUCGAGACUGCCCUCAGUGCCUUUUUCCAAGAAACAAAUAUUCCAUAUGGCCAUCAUCAUCAAAUGAUGUGCACCCCAGCCAACACACCAGCGACGCCCCCCAACUUCCCCGACGCAUUGACCAUGUUCUCCCGGCUGAAGGCCUCAGAGAGCUUCAACAGCAGCAGCGGCGGAAGCCCCAUGGCUGCCUCCAUGGCCACCUCACCUCCUCCCCCCCAGGUUGGCGGCUGGGGGGUCUCACCAAAUGUACCUAAUGUGCCGCAACCUCCACAGGGACUCUGGACUCAGGGGCAGCCCCCCACACAGCCCUGCCCAGCCUGGCCAACGGGAGUGAACCCGCAUACGGGCGCAGAGCAGAAGGCUAGUGUAGCGAUGGAGGCAGAGAGAUGAAGGGCCGCAUGGGACUGAUGGGGGCAGGGGGGGUGAAUGUGGGAAGGGUGUGGGGGGGAAUAAUGGGUAGAAAUGUGUUUGGAUUUUUCUCCCCCCCACCCCCCCAAAAAAGAACUGAUGUAAUGGAAAGAGAGAUUCUACGCAAACCAAGAAAAACUCAACGUGGACAAUUUGAAGAGGAGAAAACCAAUGCAAGUGUCAGUACAGAAAAUAGAAAAAAAAAAGAUACGCACACACAUAGUAAUAAGAGAGCAACUGAGAUCUUUGUUAGUUUUUCCUAAGUAAAUGCAUAGAUAAAAGAAAUAUUAUUGAACUUAAAAAAAAAAAGAGAGAGAAAUGGGGGAGAGAAAAAAAUCGUCACGCCCAAGGAAUCUAUGUGAUGUUCAAGGACAUUCAAGGCAGCAAACAUCAGUUUUUCAUUGAGUUUUUUUUCUUCUUUUUUUUCAAUCUUUUCAGCCGGUGUUUUUCAGCCACUGGUGUUCUGUGUUUCUGCAACAGUCUUUGCUGCAUGAGGAGACAGGAACUUGCAAUGCAGUUUUUUUUUUUUUUUUGUUUUGUUUUUUUUUUUUAGAUUGACUCAAAAACCAUCACGCACUUGAGUGUGAGCGUGGACACAGUGAGAGCAGAUGUUCAGUUUGUAAUCAGAAAUGUACACACACACACACACACACACACACACACACACACACACACACACACACUCUUUAGGGUUUUAGAGGACACACCUUCAUACUAUCAUCCCCAUCGUGAAAGGUGGGACUUUUCUUACCUCACCUGGUGGUCACCUGACUUCUUUCAGCCAAUCAGGGAUUCUUCUUAAACCAACUGUUGCCGCUGCAGCCGCAGGACAUGUUUUUAAAGGUUUCUUCUUAAAGGCAGCAGCCACUCUGGUUUAUGCUCACCGAUCCUCGCUGCAAUGGCUUUUCCAGACACAGUUUUAAAAACAUGAACUCAGACUCCAACUGUCCACUGUAUACAUUUUUGUUUUUCUGGAGAUUUGGUUAGUACAA